UGUUAUUAUUGUCAGCCCCGCCUACUUCUUUGACAUAAACAAUCAAGAUGUCUACCACAGCGCUGUCUCGCUGUGUUCACAGCUCUAGAGCGCUCUUAACUAGAGGGAUGGCCGAUCAAGCACCUCCUAAGAAGCGUGGAGUCAUGAGAAGAGCGCUGAGAUGGACUGUGAUUGCGGGAGCUGUGUACACUGGAGCAUACUACUCUAUCAAGUACAUACAGAAGCGAAACCGACCCACUUUCGAGGGCCCCAGGAAAAAGGUGGUUGUUCUCGGCUCGGGCUGGGGGUCGCUGAGUGUACUGCAUCAUUUAGAGCCGGAUCAGUUCGAUAUUACGGUAGUGUCACCUCGUAACUACUUCCUAUUCUCCCCCCUCCUGCCGAGCGUAACCGUGGGAACCGUCGAGUCUCGUAGCAUUGUAGAGCCGAUACGUAAGCUCAUCCAGAAGUACCACCGAGGUCCUAACACCAUAUUCCUCGAGGCCGAGUGUAUUGAUGUCGAUACUAACAACAAACGAAUCACAUGCGAGGACAAAUCGGGAAUAGUAGGAGCCGUGUCAAAGAUCCAUCUGGACUAUGAUAUCCUCGUGGUUGCCGUGGGAGCAGCGUCUAACACAUUCAACACUCCAGGGGUUAAAGAAAAUUGCCAUUUUCUUAAGGAGAUUUCGGACGCACAGGCAAUUCGAAAUGAUAUCAUCGAUUUAGUUGAGACUGCGUCCUUUCCUGGCCAAGAGGCGUACGAGAGGCAACGACUGCUCCAUUUUGUGGUGGUGGGGGGUGGUCCAACAGGGGUGGAGUUUGCGGCUGAAGUGAGAGACUUCCUACGUGAGGACGUGAGCAAGAUAUACCCGGGUAUUGAGGAGGACGUCAUGGUAACGCUGGUGCAGAGUCAGGACCAUAUCUUGAAUGCAUACGACAAGCAGAUCAGUCAGUACACGGAGGAGAGGUUUAAAAUGGAUGGUAUUAACCUGGUGACCAACUCGAGGGUGACUGCCGUGGGCCCUGAUGAGAUCACUAUAAAGAGCAAGGCUACGGGGGAGGUAGUGAGGCGACCGUACGGAGUGUGUGUGUGGUCCACUGGCAUUGCCCCACUCCCCAUCACCACGACAAUCAUUCAGCGUGUCACUGGACAGGACAAGGGACGUGCACUGCUGACGGACAAGUUCCUGCGUGUCAAAGGUGCCGAGGGCGUGUUUGCUAUCGGAGACUGCUCCACUAUUGAACAAGACCUCAUGAUACGUCAAGCUGAGCAACUGUUCCAGGAGGCAGACGUCAAUGGCGACGGGACGCUGAGCUUGACUGAGUUUGAAGCACUCAUCAGUACGGCUAAGAGUCUCUACCCUCAGGCAGAAGUACAGCUCAGCUAUGUGGAGAACAACUUAGAGAGGAUGUUUCAAGAAGUGGAUACGAGUGGAGACCAACGUGUCGACUAUCAAGAGUUUGUGGCCAUCCUCAACAAGAUGGACCGCAACCUCAAGAACCUCCCAGCCACUGCACAGGUCGCCUCACAACAGGGAGCGUAUCUAGGAACGUUGCUUAGCAACACUAACGGUGACAUAGUGACACAGACCCCGGCUAAACUGGAGGACGAGGGCGUGGCUUCAUUCAGAUACAGACACCUCGGGUCAUUUGCAUACGUUGGAGACAACAAAGCUGUCCUCCAACUUCCUGUCAUAGGCACACUGAGUGGGUGGUGGACCAUGUGGCUGUGGAGAGCCUCGUACAUGAAUGAGUGUGCCUCGCUGCGCACCAAGUUACUGGUGGGCGGAGACUGGGCCAAGGCUUGGGUGUUCGGGAGGGACUCAUCAAGAAUAUGAGCACAAACUGGAUAUAAUUAUUUUCAUAAGAUUCGAAAAUUCAUAGCUGAUCGUAUAAUUAUAUACAUGUAUAUAGAUCUAGUUGGUCAUGCAUUUAAUUGUAUAAUAUUAUAUCACAUGUUUGGCAACAAUAAAUAAUUAUUGCAACAAUAAA